AAGCUGAGGUAAGAAGCUAAAUAAUUUCUCAAUCUAGACCUGGAAUAACAUACUUGGCUAAUCUUCUAAACUGGGAAUCUAAAGUAAUGGCUGAAGCAAUACCUCUGCGAGAAAAGAAGCAGAAAACUCUACCUCGAUCUGAUGGGUGUGGUCUGAAUAACUUUGAUGCUCUGGAUCUGUCUGGCGGCCUGAGGAUAGUCCUGGUGGGGAAAACUGGAUCAGGAAAGAGCGCAACAGGAAACACCAUACUCGGCAGGGCUGCCUUCAGAGAGGAUCCGAGCCCUGUGUCGGUGACCAAACACUGCGAGACGCAGAGCGGGUACGUGGACGGGACAGCGGUGCAGGUCAUUGACACGCCCGGCCUGUUUGACACGGCCAUCACAGAGGAAGAGUUAAAGUCAAGGAUAGAGGAAUGUGUCAAGAUGUCAGUGCCGGGCCCUCACGCCUUCCUCUUAGUGAUCAGGCUCGGUGUGAGGUUCACAGAGGAGGAGAGAAAUGCUGUGAAGUGGAUCCAGAACAACUUUGGCGACGACGCGUCCAUGUACACCAUCAUGCUGUUUACGUGCAAAGACCAGGCCAAAGCUGACAACGCCCUGAAGGAGUGCAAGGAGCUGCGCAGACUCUCCAUCACGUUCGGACGCAGAUACCACGCCUUCAACAACAACGACGCAGACGACCCGGUCCAGGUCAAAGAGCUGGUCACCAUGAUCAAGGAGAUGAUACAAGACAACGGCGGCAAACACUACACCAAUGAAAUGUACGAGAGAGCGCAGAGCAAGCUGAAAGAGGAGGAGGAGCGGAAGAAGCAAGAGGAGGAGGAGAAGAAGGAGGAGGAGAGAAAAAUAUGGGACGGAGAGAGAGAGGAGCAGGAGAAGGAGAGGCAAAAGCAGAAGAAGGUUAAAAAAAAGAACGUCUGCGUGGCCUCGGCGGCCGCUGUGGUGCUGGUGUUGGCUGGCGUGGUGAUAGCGGUGGGCGCCAACACCACAGUGGCGCUGGCUCUAGGAGCACCUGCACUCGUCCUGGGAGUCUUGUGUGGCCUAGCUGCCUUUUGUUUGUGGAAAGGAGUCCGGUGCAAAGCCAAAACCGAUUUUCCUGUUUAGACGGAGGUCUUUGCGAAGAACAUGUUGUGACAUCUGCAGCAUAUGCUAUACGCGUAGCAAACACACUGUUUGAUUUCCUGCGAACCGCAGGAAUUAGAGAUGUCCGAUAAUAUCGGCCUGCCGAUAUCAUCGGCCGAUAAAUGCGUUAAAAUGUAACAUCGUAAAAAUUAUCGGUAUCGUUUUUUUUUUAUUAUCGGUAUCGUUUUUUUGUUGUUGUUUUUUUUAAUUAAAUCAACAUAAAAAACACAAGAUACACUUACAAUUAGUGCACCAACCCAAAAAACCUCCCUCCCUCAUUCACACAAAAGGGUUGUUUCUUUCUGUUAUUAAUAUUCUGGUUCCUACAUUAUAUAUCAAUAUAUAUCAAUACAGUCUGCAAGGGAUACAGUCCGUAAGCACACAUGAUUGUGCGUGCUGCUGGUCCACUAAUAGUACUAACCUUUA